AUGCGGCGGGCCCGCGAAGAGGAAGAACAAGACGAGCGCAAAGAGUACACGGGGGAACCCGCGGCUGAGCCUUGGCACGUUGAGGAAGGCCGAGUGAUGAGCAGAGAUCAUAGAGUAGAUGAUGACCUUGAAGGAUUUGGAGCGUCCGUUUCGACGAAACUGCCUGCCAGUUCUAAUACCACUGGAGACAACACCUUCUUCGGUGCAGGUGCUGGACCUUCACCGGCGAAGAGGACCAACAAGGAAGACACCGACG